AUGGCGUCUUCGGAUGUUUCUUCAAUAAUCGAAGGAACGAGUUCGUACAUGGAAGACAUCCUGUUCGUAGCUGUGCCAGGCUUGUACGGAAUAAACGGUUCCUCUCCCGAACCUAACCUUCGGCCAUUAUUCUGGGGGCCAGAGAGUAUCCUGAGAGAGCAAAAUUGGUGUUGUAGCAGUAUCAUCACGCUUAAUUCCAACCUGUUCCAGAGGUUUCUUGAGAAUGGAUCACCCGAAUCACUGGAAUCCAUUGCCAUGGAACUCUUAGAGGUUGUUGACGACGAGUACAGAUCUACUGAUGCGCUAACCAUUGCGGAGAACACAAACCGCUAUUCUGAUCUAUUCAGAGAUACGUCUGCUUGCGUCUUCUUUGGUGUUCCUCAUCAAGCUCCGUCGCUGCAAUCAUGGGAAGAAGCGAUGACAGCCCUUAUCUCUUCCUGGACAACCAUACCGCAAGGGGCAUGGAGGCCUGGCCCAUCUCUAACAAGGUUUCUCAGGAAGACGUCAUCUGAAUUCAUGCGAGUUGCCUUUCGAUUAUGCAUAGUCACGGUCUUUGAGCAAGUUGACGAACAAGAAAGGGCGAAACCGACUAUUGAGCGCGAUAGCUCGACGAUUGACGUUUCUCACGAAAUCCAGAUUGGACGAAAAGAAAAGAUGGAAAGCUUAGCACGGUUCGCCCACAAUGACGGGGACGCGUACAUCAUCAUGAACGCCUUGAAAGGCGCCGUCAAAGCCCCAUCACUCUACAGUGAAUACAUGCAGCAAUUGGCACACUUGAGCCCAUUCACUCGCUAUCCCUAUCACCCAGGCAUGAACUGGAUUAUGGAUACUCUUCAAUCAUUUAUUCAGAACCCGAGGUCAUCCGCCGUGAUUCUAUGUGGGCAUCAUGGUAUUGCGUACUUCGCAUUUGACGCCAGAGAUUAUCGCCGAAGAUCAGUAACAUCCAUGCUGAGUAAGAUCAUACGUCAAAUUCUGGCGAACGAGCCUGGUUUGUUUUCUCAGACCACCGAGCCGCUUCAGAAAGACGAUUUACAAUGGACGGAGGGGAAUUUGUGGAUACAACUGCGCUCAAUGGUGCGCCGAGUGCAAAGCAAGAAUCUCAUGAUCGUAGUCGAUUCGGUACACGAUUGUGACACACAUGACUCAGAAGAGCUUCUUCAGGACCUGUUGAAUCUCCAAUUCUGUCGCCCCGAAGGCUUCAAGUUACUCUGCACAACAGACACUGAUCCGAGUACUCCUUCCAUUACUCCGGUCACCACAGUGUCUCUUGACAAUCUCAGCCAGUUCGAAGACAGUUUGGAGCUGUACAAAGACAUUCUUGCCAAUAAGAUAGUAGACGAAAACGUCAGGUAUCGGCCUGUGGCUGAUAACAUCAGGAGAUGCCUCGAGACGUCUAAGGGUUUCCUGCAUGCAAAGCUUGUAGCUCACCGCAUACGUUCUAUUACAUCCUCCUCACGACCAAGCGACAUCACGCGGGAGUUAUCUCAACUUCCACUCAAUCUUCGCGACACCGUCAUUGGAAUGGUGGCAAGUUGCCCUUCUUGGGUCGCAUGCGCAGUCUCGUGGAUGAUGUUUUCUCGUCGUCCACUCAAAUCUCUAGAACUAGCUGUAGCGGUUUCUCUUUAUGAGAUCUCGCUGACACAGACGCCGAUUCAAAAGAUCGAUGAGCAACUCAUUCCGCGAGACAUAGAAGGAGACUUGGAGCGACAGCUUGGACCACUAGUGCGCAUCGGCGAUGACGGUAUUCGCUUCUCUCAUCCUUACGUUGGCAAAAUUCUGCAAGAACAGAUCGAAAGUACGCAUGGAAGUGAGAAUUUGACUUACCAGAGUUUGACAAGACUCUGCUUGGAGUACUUGAAAUUGUGUUUUGGGCAAGAAUUCCAGGAUGGGGCGAUCAGCCUUAACCUUGUCGAAUACGUGCUCGAAAACUGGUACGUACAUUACAGGGAAAUCAAGGAAGAUCCGGCAACUCAAUUGGAUGAGAAUCAAAUCGACUAUCUCGCAUAUUCCCUCUGCACAGAUUAUGUUUCGCAACUACGUCCACCGAACCUGAACCUGUCUGGACUGAGCGCCUUUGCGCGAGAUGAUGCAGAUUCUGAUACAAUUCUCAGCCCGUCGCAUCUAGCAGCCCAACUAGGUCUUCUCAAUAUCAUUAAAUUGAUGAUACCAGAACCUUCGAUGAGUUCAAUGCCUCAUCUUCAGAUUGCGUCUCGUUGGGGCCACUACAGUAUAGUGGAGUAUCUUGUGACAGGUAUCGAUGAUGUGGCAAGGAUUGAAAAGGAGCUGGAUCUAUCUUGUCUCAGAGGUAAUGUGGUCAUUCUCAAAGUACUUCUCGGGCGCUUGAAGCAGCUUUCGCCUGAGACUUCAGCACUCCAGCAUGUUUUGGUUGAUGCAUGCAGAAUAGGUCAUCGUGCAAUUGCUCAAAGCCUCAUAGAGGCUGGUGCAUUGGUCAGCGGAUUCGAAGGGCCCUUAGCACUCGACCAAGCAGUUGACCAAGGCCAUCUUGAUGUUGUUGAUUUUCUCAUUCGGAAUGGGGUGGACGUGAAUGUCCCCUCAUCUGAUCAUUUGACUCCAUUACACCGGAGCAUCCAGCGCGGAUACAGCCACAUCUCUGAUCGACUGCUUGAAGAGACGGUUCUACAAGAUCUACCAGACUCACGCGGAGUCACGGCACUGCAUCUCGCUGCCCGAUCCGGCAACAUCACCUUACUUGAGAAGGUUCUCCAUCUCCCUAGACCGAAAUCCGAACAUAGUAAUGCCGUUGCAUCACCUCUCCAUGAAGCCACAGCUGGCGGGCACGCGAAAGCCAUACGGAGACUUCUGGAAAGUGGUUUUGAUGUUAAUUCCCGGGACCCUGAUGGGAAAACGCCUCUCUUUGUGGCGCUGAGCAAGAAUCAUGUUGAUGCCGUAUCAGAGCUAUUGAGAUGGGAUACCUUCGUUGAAUCGGACAAGGAUUAUUCGUCCAGUCACUUGAAAGAAGCCAUUCGUUACGGUAACCUCGCUGCCACCAAGUGGUUAAUGGAGAAAGACGCCAAUACUGGUGGGGAUGCAAGUGGCACCAGUUCUCCACUCACCGAUGCCGCGAUGGGUAACCGCGCAGACAUCAUCAAAGAGCUCAUUCGUGCUGGAGCAGACAUAGGCCACCGGGUCGAUUUUCAGAAACAAUUCAAGAUAUUGGGCGAGCCUGCUCAUUCUGGAUGGACGUCAUUGCAUUUUGCAGCCUAUUAUGGCAGCGAUGCUGCAAUCAAUGUCCUAGUACGUGUCCCCGGGACUGAUCUCAACGUCAAGUCAGGUUCGGGAUACACUCCAUUGCAUCUCGCAGUGUAUGCCGGCCAAACGAACUUUGUGAAAGCUCUAUUCCAUCACAUUAGAUCCGUCAACCCAAGUUUGUCCGGCGAAAGCAACGAUAUGCAACAUCCGGGAAUCAGAGAAUAUCUCGAUAAGCGAAGUCCCAGAGGCAGGACUCCACUACAUAUUGCAGUCAACAGCGGGAGCUUCAGGCUCAACCAACUGCUACUCAACAAUGGUGCCAGCAUUGGCGCUCGUGAUGAUCAUGGCAUCGCCCCGAUUCAUUUUGCCGCUGCUUCCAGCCAUCCAGACUCCAGGAAAACGGUAGAAAAGCUGCUAUCAAUGGGAGCCAACAUAGAUUGUGCAGAUGACAGCGGGUGGACACCUCUUUCAUAUUGUGCGCAAGCUGUGAAUGAGGAUAUAGCACAGUCUCUACUACAAAGGGGCUGCAACAUUAAUGCCACAACUUUAGCUUCCCGCACGCCGCUCUACAUUGCGGCAUCGCAUGGAUCAAGCAAGAUUGUCUCGGAGCUGCUCAAAAAGGGCGCAGAUCCAAACACGGCCAACGAAGAGGGGUACUCUGCUCUCCACGCGGCAUGCUACAAGGGCUAUCUGAACAUUGUGAAUGAGCUACUUGAACAUGGCGCCAAUGCAAACGCAGAAGACUCACGACGUGAUAGACCAAUGCAUGAAGCGGCAAGACGAGGAAAUGCGACGGUUGUCGAGCGACUACUCAAAGCUGGAGCAGAGUUCAACGCUGCCAAUGGUAGAAAAAUGACGGCCUUGCAACGAUCCAUUCUGAACAAAUGGUUUCCAGUGGCAAUGCUGUUGUUGAAGCGUGGAGCAGAUCCAAACAUCACAGAUGAAGACGGGGAUUCAGCAUUGAUGGCAGCUAUUACGCCUACAACCGACGCCGGUUUGAUCAAAAGUCUGCUUCGCUGUGGUGCCGAUCCCAACACGAAAAACAAGUUGCACAUGACACCUCUCAGGAAGGCUGCAACUCGUGCACCAAUGUUCAUACCAAUCUUGCUCGAUUAUAAAGCUGAUCCCUCGGUCAGCGGCCCCGAAAAGAUCACGGUCCUCCACGAUAUCUCUACCAGCAAAACUGUAUGGGAGAGUAAGAACAUUACACCUUUACUUGCGGUUAUCAAAGACUUCGAUAUUCGAGAUGCUGAAGGAUUGACACCUAUUCACCUUGCGGCAAAAACGGGCAAUGCGAGUAUUAUAGAAACCUUACGUGGGUAUAAUGCCAACAUCGAAGCUUGCGACGGACAAGGGCGUACGGCAAUGCAUCAUGCUGUCAGACGCAUGCCGCCGGAAGACUUUCAACGCGUUUUUGCACAGUAUCUCAGACCGGGGCCGGACAAUAGAGUAAACAUAGGAGACCUUGACGGCUGGACACCACUCCAUUGGGCAUGUAAAGGAGCAGACGCAACCAUUGUGAAGUUGCUGCUUGGCGACAAUGCUCAACAACUAAUACAUGCUGAGUGUACCCGUGGGUGGACGCCCUACACGAUUGCCACUUUUCACUCGGAAUGGAAGCUCAAGGACAUUAUGGACAGAGCAGUGAGCGCUCCGCACAGCACAGCCCAUCCCUCUGCAGAUGGACUAUCAUUUGCACCACAUCUCCUCACCACAGAAGCAAAGCCAAUGCGCUCCGUCGGUGCCAUUGUAACGAGGCAUUCAAACAUCCGCUGCGAUGACUGUCUCUAUGCGCCUAUCUACGGUCUCCGUUUCAGAUGCAAAGACCAUGGUGACAGUAACUUUGACCUGUGCUUCAAGUGUCACUGGAAUCGGGAAAAGACGCAUCAACUUAGCCAUGAGUUCCAGGCUCUGGGAUCCGGGCCAAUUGACCAUCCACUAGUAGAGACUCAAACUCUGGUUUCAAGCCAUAAUCAGGUCAAGCUAUCAACAGAGCCAGAAGACUUUCUCAAGCUCGGAUCCUCAAGUCCGACGGUACUAGACGCACACAGAUUGAGACCCAGAUGGAGCAGAUCAAGCAGACCAAUUAGAGUACAUCGAGAAAGAGUCCCUGUCCUCAGUACAAGUCCGCGAGAUAUGGAUCGUGUAACGGUCCAGAAAGAAAUUGAAGCCUUGGAGAGAGAAAGAGCAAGUGAGUCACUCAUGACGGAGACGGAGACAAGGAGAAGAAUACGUCAUGAAGAGACAGCAAAGUUCUUUUUGAAGAUGCCACAAAGUGAAGAUAUGACAGAGAAUUUGAAGAAUGGAGGCAUGCUGGAGAUGUUGCAAACUACAUUGAGACAACAAGAUGUGUCCCCUCACUUACAAAAUCAGGUGGAACAAAUGGUGCGAGAAACUUUGGAGAGAUGGCAAAGAGUACAAACGUCAGGUUCAAGAGUUGAGACGGGCAAAGAUAUGAGGGCGGUUCCGAGGUUACAGCAGUGGAGUGUAGUUGACGACGGCCAUAAUUGGACACAUCAGAUUCCUGACGUGGAUCGACCCAGGACGACGUCUGCCAUGAGCAAAGGAAAGAAUCCAGUCUACGCAUCAUUGAGGACUCAGGAGACAUACGAAGGUGUCUGGAGAAACAUUCCCCCCGAAGGCGAUGCAGGCCGUGCCAUGGUAUCAGAUCCCGUGAGCCAUAACACCGAGCCAGCAAUCCUACUCACAAUAGAAGAUGGAAAGCCUGCUAAAAGAGAUGCACGGGCAAUCCGCGAAGCAAAGGGGAAAACUGCGUCAAGGAACGUUCAGCAGGGAGGGGAGAUGGAUAAGACCGCCGAAAAAAGGGAAGUGGCGCGUUUCCUGGAAGUCUCAAGUGGCUCGACGGAAUCCACAAGGCAAAACUCUCGAAGCACAGAACCCGGAACCAACAUGGUAAUGGGCCCAGCUAGCCCGGAAGCAUUGCAGCCUGGUGACUCGUCGAUGAGUUUCGAUGCGGGCAGUGCAUGGAUCGCACCACUGGAUAGCAAUAUGGAAUAUCCAACGAUAAAUGUAGAAGACAUGAGGAGGCAACGAUAUCACAGCCACCAUCAUCAGCACAGCCAUCAUCGUCAUCAUCGUCCUCGUCCUCGGCAUCCUCCUUCAAGAAAGCACAGAGAUCAGAGAUUGGAUAUUGAACUUGAAGAUGAAAUGGAUGAGUAG